AUGGAGUACGAUUUCAGGACCCGAGCGGGCCAAUCUUACGACCCGAAUUAUAGCAGGCCGGCGGCCACUACGGCGUCAUCAUCUGCGCAUCCGCCGUACGGGAAACCAUCCUCCCUCUAUCCCAAGAUCGGCGGCGGUGGUGCCAGCUCCUCCACCCCUGGUGUCCCUGGUCGUAACCAUCAAUUCCAACAUGCCCCUGCUCCGCCCACUACUUCUGGAAUUGGGAUCAGGGUUGCUGUUAAACCAGAGUAUAAAAUUACACCACCGCCUACGUUGUCUCCACAUGUUGGAGAGAUUCCUCGAAGUCGUUUCCACUUUGAUUUUGAGUUCGAGAGGAUUCUUUUGGCUGAAGCAGUCAAGGAAAACCCGAAUUGGAGCCGACUUGGCCUGGAAACUGUUCCUCCUAAGCCAACUGAAUCAACAUCUUAUAACCCCAGUGCUGAUCACCUAGCGAGCAAAUAUAUAGCAUCUGGCCUUAAUCGAGAUGCUGUGCCUAUUGCUGUUGCAAAUUAUGGAGACAAUCCGGCCAAGGUUAAGGAAUUUGUGAAUGGCUAUACUCUUCUGCGAGAAAUGGGAUUCUCGUCAAACAGUGUUGCAGAUGCCCUGUUCAUGUACGAAAAUGAUACCGACAAGGCAUUGGCACAUUUUCUCAACGGGGCAUCCUAA